CACUAGCGCAACGUCGUCUGUUUCAAAAUGGCGGCUAAAGUUUACAUAUGUAAGAGUAGCUUAGCUUGAAAUGUUUGUUUCGAACUUGUUAAGCAAACUAUUAACGUUGUACAUGUUCCUACUGGUAACGCUCAAAACGUAGUUAUCAAUUUAUGCCAGAAUGGUGACCAGAAGCCUUACAGAAGCGUUUGUGCUGAUGCGCAAUAAUGCCCUUCAGAGCAAGCAUAUCUUCGGAGAGCAUGUUCAUGAAGACACCGUGGCACUAGUUGGACGGGAUGUUGAAACUGGCAUGGGCAUUUAUAAAGACGACGCUGAACCUCCUCGAUGGAUUGACGCCUUAGAUGAGGUAAACUACCAGAUGACGAAGAUCAGGGACAAAUUGAAAGAGCUGUCUGCCUUGCAUGAUCGCCAUCUCAACCGACCAACAUUUGAUGAGAGCUCACUUGAAGAAGAUGAGAUCGAGCAAACGACACAUCAACUGACACAGCUUUUUAGCCAUUGCCAGCAACUGCUGUGUGUGAUCCAGCAAGGAGUGCGACAUGGUUCCAAUGCCAAGGAGGCUCACUUGGCACAGAAUGUGGUGCGCUCUGUGGCCGGUUCUCUCCAGUCACUCAGCACUAGCUUCCGUUCUUCUCAGACAACAUACUGCAAGAGGCUUCAGUCAAGGGAGGAGCAUUCGAACAAAUUUUUCGACGUUCCAUUUUAUAUGGAAGAGACACAGCUUUCUCCUGAAAGAUUCGGAGGAGAUCAUCAGCUUCAGAUGGAAGACCAACUUUUUCUGGAAGACAACACAGAAAUGGUGCAAAUGCGGGAGCGAGAGAUCAACAACAUCUUGCGAUCCAUCACAGAACUGAACUCCAUAUUCAAAGACAUUGCCAACAUGGUAGCUGAGCAGGGAACUGUGCUGGAUCGCAUAGACUAUAACCUGGACACGGUGCAGACACGGGUUCAGCAGGGCCUCCAACAGCUACAAAAGGCUGACACUUACCAGAAGAAGAACCAUAAAAUGAUGUGCAUCCUUGUCAUGGCAGCCUCCACUAUCAUCCUCAUUAUUCUGCUCUUUGCAUUCAAGCUGUAGACUGAAACAGUGCUGUGCUUUCGUCUCAUGACUUCCAGGUGACAUCCGAGACAUUUUAGUGUAGCACAGCCCUUCAUGCAGCACGACAGUGUUUUCAUGAUUGGCAGUGCUGCACUGCUUGGCAGCAAAGACGUUACCUGGUUCACAAUCAUGUUAUUGAAUAUUGUAUCUUGAAGGACAUAUAUUGUGGUGUGACUGAUGUAAAUGUUGACUGAACACUAAGAGGAAUGCGAUUAUGUGAAGCUGAAAACUUGCAUAUUUACUUUUAUUUCUUGU